GCCAGCGUUUCCCCCGACAUUUCGGUCGUUUCACAUUAUGGAGUGUUUUCGUUCGUUUCAUUAGAAUUUCGCCAAUUUAAAUGGACCCGCUGAUUACGUGAGAUUAAGCCAACAAAACAUCGCAAGCGGGACAUUCAGUGAUGACCUCGUCGUCGCCGAGCCACAGCAGCAGCGGGUCCCACCGGGAGUUUGAGGAAGACCUGCGCAAGGCCCUGGACGAGGUGCCGCCCCUCAACGAGAGCAGGGACGCGGUCCACUCGGGAGGCGCCAUGCCCCACCCGGAGGGGUCCACCAGGGGAACCCGAGCCCCGCCCCCCACCUCCUUCGGGACUUCCGCGCCCUGGGCCGCCCAGCCUCCGGCGACGACGAGCGUGCCGCUGACGAGCCCGAGCCCGGUGCAGAACGGGAGCGACCCCCGUGUGAUCAAGCCUGGCCAGUCGAAGAUAGACUACCUCAGGCAGUGGAGCGUGUCGACCUACAAGUGCACCCGACAGAUGCUGUCGGAAAAGCUGGGGAAGCAAACUGCAGGCACAAGGACGGUGGACACUGAGCUGGAGGCCCAGAUCGAGCUGCUGAGGGACACCCAGGCCAAGUACCUGCACGUGCUCAGGCUCGCCAGAGCGCUCGCCUCGCACUUCCACCAGGUGGUGCAGACACAGGGGCUACUGGCGGAGGCCUUCCAGGAGCUGGCCCACCGGAGCCCUCCGCUGCAGGAGGAGUUCCGCUACAACGCGGAGGCCCAGCGCUCCCUGGGCCGCAACGGGGAGACCCUGCUCGGUGCGCUCAACUUCUUUGUCUCCUCCCUGGCCACCCUGUGCCACAAGACCAUCGACGACACCCUGCUCACCGUCAGGCUCUACGAGAGCGCCAGGCUGGAGUACGACGCGUACCGGACGGACCUGGAGGAGCUGACCCAGGGCACCCAGGGCAACGCCAUUUCUUCCAAGAUGGACGAGGCCCAGCGUAACUUUGCCCUGCACAAGGACAAGUACGAGAAGCUCAAAGCGGACGUCACCAUCAAGAUGAAGUUCCUCGAGGAGAACAAGGUGAAGGUGAUGCACAAGCAGCUGCUGCUGUUCCACAAUGCGGUGUCUGCCUACUUCUCGGGGAACCAGGCCUCCCUGGAGGCCACCCUGAAGCAGUUCAACAUCAAGGUGAAGAACCCGCCGGGAUCCUGGCUCGAGCAGUGAGGGCUACGGCCCGCCCCCGCGGUCUUCGCUCGCCUUCCGACGGGCGUGCCUCCCAAAGAGUGCCGGGUACUGCCAGCUAACGGCUGUGGCUAAAGAGUGGCUAGAGUGACGACCAUCCCGGAAGUUUGUGCCGGCUAAAGGGUGUGGCUAAAGUGACUUCUUAGCCAGUAGCCCGUGCUGGCUAGAGCUUGGCUAAAGAAUGUGGCCAAAGCGACGCUUCAUGGUUGGUUGACUGUGCUGACUAAAGCAACGCUUUAGCCACUUUAGAAAAUGAGGUUCGGAAGAAAAAAAUCGGAUUGGCUUUCUACGGGAUUGUUAGUCGUAGUAGGCUUUCCAGGUAUACUCGAGUAGAAACGGGUCGGCAAACUUGUGUGUUGUCUGUUAACGUUUGUUUUUGUUAACAAUUGUAUUUUGACGGGCCAAGUCAUUAAUUGCCGUUUUGUUGCGCGAAAACUAGCAGCAAUCCAUUGGGCCGCUUGUCCUUUGUUGUGACCAACUAAAAUAGAGGCGGUUGAUUUUUUUUCUUUGUUACUAUUUUUUUUAUUAUAUAUAAAUGUUUCUUCCCAAAAGUUGUGUUUUUGGAAGCUGAGUUAGGUUGUUAAAAGGUUUCUUUUUUUCUCUGUGUUUCAUCGCUUGCUUUUGUCAUGUGUGACAUUAUUAAGGUAUCAAUUUCUUUACACACAUCUGGACUCUUGUCUACCGUGCAAUACCAAGCAAGUGCCCGCCCUAAAGUUCGAGAUAAUCGGGAAGACGUUGGUAUUGGCAUUACCGCUUUGCAAGCCCUCGAUACACCCCUCGCUCAUGCUUAAAACUUUUUAAAGUAGGAGAUUGGUGCUUUUUGCGAAGUGGGAGGCUGUUGGUUAUUUUAGGGUAGCCAUGGUUUUCUGGUCGUACAUAAUUUUCUUGCCUCGAGGUUUCCAUUAAUCUAAAGAAAAUGGAAAAUGAAAUCGCCCGCUUGCAGUUUUAAAAAAAUACUGUGGGGUACAUAGAUUUAAUGCCUUCCAUAUUUUUUUAGCAGAAAACGAAGGGUACCCGGUAGCCGACAAAAAAUCUUGUCGAAAAGGACGCACUUCGGUUCUUUUCACCCACCGCCACAGAAGAUGCGUGGAAAAGUGAUGUGCGGCGAGCCGACAUUUCGUGCUUCUUUCGUUGCCGCCCGUCUUCUUUUUUCUCCUCUCUGUGCUUUUGGGCGAUGUGCAACUUUGGUUUGCACUUGAGGCUUUUUUGUGCUCGUCUUUUUUUUUUUUUUCAAAGUGUUGGUUUUUUGGGAGAAGUUUGUUUUGCCAACCUUAAGAAAUUUCCAGGCCUGGUGGUGCGAGCCCAGUGUCGAAGCUAAGGAAGCGACGCGUCGGAACUGACAUUCUUGGUGAGAGCUUUUGAAAGGUACCCAGCGGUGCGUUUACGCGGCGCAGGUGGUACCGGUUGUCUCUAAACAGAAACUGAGUCGGGUGAAUGCUCCAACGUAAGGCGCGAGAGACUCGUAGCUGUUGUUAGCUUUGAAGCUACCCCGUGAGGAGUCGGAAAUGGGGUGCCCGUCCUCUGGGUGACUCGCGCAAAAUCUCCAAUGCCCGGCGGUCGGAAAAGAAAGCCGUGGCGGCGACCUUCGGCAACCCGACCGGAAGGCCGCUGGGCAAUGUCCGGCAUGUGCCGGAAAUUGUCCGUGGCUGAGCAAUUGCUUCGAAUUUCUGAGCCCCCUACUGCAACGUCUGCCGUAACUAUUGUAUAAGCUACUUGAAGUGGCGCCUAGCGUAGGCUGGCUCAUUUCUCCGCUUGCGAGUAUUUCAGACGCCGCCGUACUUGGUCUCACCCUACGACGACGGAAUGCAGCCAAAUCUAAAGCUAAAGUCGAGGCAAGAGGUACGGGCUGCCGAGUUUAGUCGCAAACCGGUUAGAAACUGUGUGCUACGGCGUAUAUGUUGAGCGCAAGUUCGUCUGCUUCUUGCACAGAGGUUGUUAUGAUGUCAGAAUGGUGAGCUCUUAUUGGCUGAUUGACAAAAAUAGUGGGUAGACCUCAAGGCAUCUAGCAUUAAGGUCUACCCACUAUCCUUCAAAUCAAAGCCGAGCUGAAUUCAGCGUCUCUUUGACGUCACCGCAACCCCUGUGCAAGAAGCAGACGAUUUGCUCUCCACGGUGCCCCGACGUGCAUAUCUGUGCACGAAUGACCACGUCAAAGCAAUGUACCAUUAGCAUGCUUACUAAUUUGCUCAUGAUUAGACCUGAGAGCUCGUAGUUUUGGCUUUGGCUUGGGCUUUGGCUGCAGUCCAUCGUAGGGCGAGACCAAGUACAGAACAAGUGUUCUCACGUGUCUAGGUUUUUUUUUAGAUAAUUUUGCCGGUUAGCUCGGAACGUCUGGUUGUGAAGCACUGAGGGUUGUUGAGACGGAUUUGGCACUGGUUGUAUCAGUCAGUGUUCCUUUUUUGUUUUUUUCACUGCCACUGCGAAGCUGGCAGUUUUUUCAACAGUGGUUUAACAUUCCCCUCCAAACAUAUCAGUGAGGAAAGUGGCAUCAUUGUAGCCGUUGUCUGCAGCAUUGUUGUUACGCGUGUACGGAGUGGGUCACGUGCAUAAUAUACUGCGGGAGUCUAGUCUCAAAGCCAGUGGGCUGCCGCGCAUCGUGAAGCUAGAGUUUUGCUGUCAUCUUUUGUGGAAACGCUGGGAGGCAAACUAGGCUUAGUCAAAAGCGGCGAGCAAACAUUGGCAUCUCUAAAAACCAGUUUAAAAAUGUCGUUGAAAUUGGGAUCUUUUCAGCAAAAGUGGCAAGUGUCUACUCUCUACGGUUAUGUUCGCGGCAGCUGCACCGAAAUUGGCCAACAUUUCGUCACUUGUGUUUCACGAUUACUUUUCUCGUUUAAUUGCCAAAAUAUAGUGUGGGCAGUUAAGCUACUUCGUGAUUGGCUUCCGUAAUCAACAACCCUUUAGGCGGUAAAAGAAAUGGCUAAUUUCUGGCUUAGGUCUAGGUAGAUUUGCGCCGAGAAAUUCUUAAUCGUGAGUUGGUUGAAGGGUUUAUUCAGUUAAUUGAGGUUCUAAUGAUAUAUUUGACCCAUAGCUUAGUUUGUUUAUGCUUAUUGUCAUUUAUCAUUCGGUAACAUUACUCUUACUGUUUCGUUGUGUCAGUAGGGUCGAAGAAAACUGAUAAUCAGGGUGGCCGUACGUGCUGCAACGAAUUUGGGAAAGUUGUAUUUCUGUAUAUAGACUUAACUGGCGAGGCAUUGCUGUAAAAACCACGGAACAGACGCUUGGGUUUAUUCACUUUAUGCUUGUGCAUAGGUUGCAUUGUUCGUAAAAGUGGCUUUGUGUGGUCACGCCUUUUAGACUCGGACUGAAAGUCAAGUCACAACAUCUUUACGAAUCGGUUACACUGUCAGACGGUAGCACAGCACAUAAAAUAACUGUUGCGAUACAUUUGUCUUCGACUCAUACUCAAGGUUCAGCUUUGCCACUUUAGCUAGCGACGGGGCUGCUAGCUGGAUUGGGUUACAAGCCGAAAGGGGGCGCCAGCUGUCGUUCAGCGAUUCGUUCGUUGUCAGAAUGUAAUCGGUUUCUUUGGUUUUUCUCCUUUUUUCCUAUCUUUUGCAGUUGCACUAAAGCAGACAACACUGGCGUUCGGUGUGCCGUCUCUAUUGUCCCGUCCUGGUGAAAGAAAAAAUAAAACUCAAAAGAUAGCGGACGGCACCAUAACCAAACGUGAAGACGGAGAGCGCUUUGAUGCGGGCCUUGGUUUCUUUAUAUUUAGGUUUCUUAUUAUUUUUUCAUCUUCUUGCAAACACACCUAGUCAUCUUUUGAAAUUAAGCUCUGCACUACUUUCUUAUUUCUGAGAGCAUUUUUUUUUUUCGUUCUGAUUUUUUGGCGAGAUUUGCGACUGUACAUAGCGUGCUCGCAAACACUUUUGAGGCCUCAGUUUUGCGAGCUUGUUCGUGUCAUCGUCUAACGUGGCGUAGACGAGCUCGUUGCGCUGGGGAGAGAGCGCACAAAGUGCGGAGGGGCCGGGAGUGUGGCGUCACUCGGACACAAAUUGUGCCGCCCAGACCAGUCAGAAUCUGCGACGCACUCGCGAUUAAAAGUGUGGGGUCGCCAGGUAAUGCAUUGUAGAAAAGGUUCAAAGGGAAAACCUUUUUUUUUUUCUUUAAGAAAUGCUCGCACCUCGUUUUGAGUAAGAUGUGCCUUUUCAAACGUCUCGUUUUCUCCAAUUCGGCAAAAAGGAUGAGCGAUUCCUCAUUCAGCUGUAAACUGGCUGUUGAGAAACACCGCAGUCGUGCAGCCUUUUUGUUUCCCUGGAAUUUCCCAUCGCGGUUGGGAACUUUGUCAAAGGGAUUGCGAGCAGGCGGACAACUUCCCGACAAGCGUUCCCAGAUUCCUUGCCGAAAGCCGCCAAUCCAGCUCGUGGCACACUUGCCAAUUCCCAAGUCUGUUCUAGAAUGCAUCGCCACUUUUACUCGAAACUGUCAAUAUUUCUCACACGUGGUGGUCCGGGUUUGGGCGAGUUUGUUCGAGCGCGAGACCGAUGAUAAACUUGUAACAGGACAUGUCCGGUGCUUUGCGGCGCGUUCGACGGCCGCUCCGCCGCCGAACCGUUGUUGGCUCGUCGCGGCACUUGACUUGCCUGAAAAUUGUCCGAUGCCGCUCUGGUUCAAGCAUUUUUGUUUGGACGCAUUUUCUGUUUUGUGCCGGUUUUUUUGUAAGAGCCUUGACCCAUGACCUGUUCUGGCUUGCCUCGGUUCCGAGUGCCAUAUGUUUUGCCCUUGCUUCCCCGCCCCCCGAUCGGUACGCCGUAAAGCGGAUUAAUAAAAAAACAAAUUGAAUGGACACACUAAAA